CCACAAUUCGCGAUCGUAGUCUUUCAGUGCGAGUCGAUCUUUCGAGCGCGCAGCUACGUUCUAAUCGAUCCUUCUCAGAAACGCGAAGUAUAGUGGAAGAGUUACUUCCAGGUGUAACGCGAUUAAUUGCUUGUGAUAGUGAAUCAGUUUUCCGUGCAUCUCGAGCUCUUUGUCGAGUGUCAUAUUGCACAAGUAGUAGAUCGGCGAUUAAUUUGAAAAUGAUACUGAAGGGAAUUACGAUCGUUUUGGCCGUGACAGUGCUCACACAGUGUGCUUUCGGCUUGCCGGCUCCACAAUGGUUAUCAUUCAAAGAUGGUAAAUUUGGCGUCAAUUUCGGAGGAUAUCACGCAGAAGCAGGGUUGGGAGGACUUCUAACUGGUAACGCGGCGCAUGGAGGCCUUUCGGCGUCGGCAGGCACGCCACAUGGACAGCAGGCUGGAGCUGGAUUAGGCGGCAUUUUAGACGGCAAUGCUAAAACCGCUGGUGGGGCGUACGCAGGAGCAUCUGCAGGCCACGGAGUUGGGGCCAGUGCAGCUAUCGGAGGCGGACUAGAUAAUGAAGGUGGUGCUGGUGGCACCGGAGCUGAGGCGCAUGCGGGAAGCGUAAGCAAGAAAGUUGUUAAACUUGGCCAAACAGGAGGUAGUGAGACCACUUAUACCUAUGACGGGCUACCAUCAUCUCAAACUGUCAAUACUCGAUUCAAUCAGGGUUUUGAGACCAAAUUCAAAACCAAAACCUUUGUGAAGGAAGUUCAUACCGAUCUCGAAGCACCACCAGCAGUUCCUCCUCCGGUGCACACCCAUACAAAAACAAUCUACAAAAAGAAAUUUAUUUCCCGCCCACAUAAAGUAGCAAUAGUUGAGACUUCGGUCGAUCAGGGCAAUCCCGUAUCUAACAACAUAGAUCCGAACCGAUUUUUCGAUUUCCAAGCAUUCACGAACAUUGCUUCAAGCUUCUCAUACCCUGCACCUCAAAGACCAUCAUCAACGACCUUUGUUCAGCAAGAGCAGCAAGAAUCUGGAAUUUCCCAAGAGGGUGACGUAAAUACUCGGUACGAUUCGAACGGACAAAAUGGAGGAUCUACGCAGAAGUUUCCAACAUCUGGUAUCGAGCACAACCCUAACUUCUGGAAUGAUAUUUUUAACAUUCCGAUUUCUACACUGACAGCAGUUAACCAAUUCUUGAACAAUAAACCUGCAAGUGGAACCAGGCAUAAGGAUGCCUAGUGAAUUAACCUAUACACACAGAAAGAUUUUUAAGUGACAUGACUUUUGUAAGACGAUUGUGAUGAUUGGAAUUAAUUUCUUCAGAGGAUCCAUUUUGCUAUAUUUUCUCCCUCUCUCAAUUAUUACGUAAAUAUUGUACAGGAAAAUUUCAAUAUGAUGGUUUCGUGCAGUGUAGAA